CAAUAUGAAUUUAUGGGCUGAACACCUGCAUGAAGUGUAUGAAGACUUUAUAUGACAUAAAUAUCAACAUAUAAUAUAAAAAACCUAUACGUGUUGAACGCGUCGACUGUGUUGAAAUGGGAAGUAGCCAACAUUUUAUAAGGAAGUAGAGAAAUAACGGCCGAAGAAACAUGUUUGAGCUGUGUGAGCUGUGACUUACAUCUAAAAUGAGUCUCUCUGGGGAGAGAGAGGAGGAGACCACUGCCUCUAAAACAAGUCUCUCUGGGGAGAGAGAGGAGGGGACCACUGCCUCUAAAAUGAGUCUCUCUGGGGAGAGAGAGGAGGAGACCACUGCCUCUAAAAUGAGUCUCUCUGGGGAGAGAGAGGAGGAGACCACUGCCUCUAAAAUGAGUCUCUCUGGGGAGAGAGAGGAGGAGACCACUGCCUCUAAAAUAAGUCUCUCUGGGGAGAGAGAGGAGGGGACCACUGCCUCUAAAAUGACUCAAGACACCAGUUCUAAGAGUGUCCAGAAGCCCAGUGCAGAGUCCCCUACAACCAGCCCGCUAUCAAUGAAGAGUGAUCAGCCACCUGCUUUCAGCCAGGAACCACUACCAGAUGACAAUAAGGAAGUGGAGACUUUGGACAGUGAGGAUGCAUUAAAGAUCACACACAACCUUCUGGACAGAAGAAGUCAAACUCUGCUGACAGUCCAACAAGACAUUAAGGCUAAACUGAAACACAAGUAUCAACACAUAUCUGAAGGAAUUGGACACCAUGGAAACCAAAGUCUGUUAAAGGACAUCUACACAGAGCUCUACAUCACAGAGGGUGGAAGUGGAGGGUUCAAUAAUGAACAUGAGGUUAGACAGAUAGAGAUGGCAUCCAAGAAACAAACCACACAAGAGACGCCAAUCAAAUGCAACGACAUCUUCAAGCCUUUACCUGAACAAGACAAACCUAUCAGAACUGUGCUGACAAAAGGAAUCGCUGGCAUUGGAAAAACAGUCUCUGUGCAGAAGGUCAUCCUUGACUGGGCAGAGGGAAAAGCAAAUCAGGACGUUCAUUUCAUGUUUCCUCUUCCUUUCCGUGAUCUGAACCUGAAAAAGGACCAAUACAAUCUGAUGCAACUUCUUUCCCACUACUUCCCAGAGCUGAAAGAGAUUGACAGCAUUGAAGAUGGUGAAACCAAAACUGUUUUCAUUUUUGAUGGUCUGGAUGAGUGUCGACUUCCUCUAGACUUUAAAAACAAUGAGAAGUGCUGUGAUGUCACGAAGCCAACCUCAGUGGACGUGCUGCUGACAAACCUCCUCGAGGGGAAUCUGCUUCCCUCUGCUCUCGCCUGGAUAACCUCACGGCCUGCAGCAGCCAAUCAGAUCCCUCCUGAGUGUGUUGACCAGGUGACAGAGGUACGAGGGUUCAAUGAUCCACAGAAAGAGGAGUACUUCAGGAAGAAAAUCACAGAUCAGAAUCUGGCCAAUGAAAUCAUCAAACACAUGAAGACAUCAAGGAGCCUCCACAUCAUGUGCCACAUGCCGGUCUUCUGUUGGAUAUCAGCCACUGUCCUUGAGAUGAUGCUGAAAGAGGCAGAGAAGGAUGAAGUCCCCAAAACUCUGACCCAGAUGUACUCACACUUCAUGCUCAUCCAAACCAUUGUGAAGAACAGGAAGUACAACAAAGCCACAGAGACAAACCCAAAAGAACUGUCUCAGUCAGACAAAGAGAUGAUCCUGAAACUUGCAAAGCUGGCUUUCCAACAGCUGCAGAAGGGCAACCUGAUCUUCUAUGAGGAGGACCUGAGAGAGUGUGGCCUUGAUGUCACAAAGGCAUCAGAGUACUCAGCAUUGUGUACAGAGAUCUUUAAAGAAGAAUCUGGGCUGUACCAAGAGAAUGUCUACAGCUUUGUGCAUCUGAGCAUUCAGGAGUUUCUAGCAGCAGUGCAUGCUUUAGAAUCAUGUCUGGACAAGAAGGAAAAUGUUUUCUCCCCCACUAGUGAUGAAGAGAAGCAGUCAAUACAGUUGUCUGACUUACACAGGAGAGCAGUGGACCAGGCCUUGAAGAGUGAGAAUGGACACCUGGACCUGUUCCUCCGCUUCCUUCUGGGUCUCUCACUGGAGUCCAAUCAGAAUCUGUUACGAGGCCUUCUGACACAGACAGGAAGUACAACACAGACCAAUGAGGAAACAGUUGAGAGAACAGUCAGGUACCUUUCAUACAAGAUCAAGGAGGAAUCCUCACCAGAAAGGAUCAUCAACUUGUUCCACUGUCUGAAUGAACUUGGUGCCAACUCUCUAGUUGAAGACAUGCAGACCUCCCUGCGAUCAGGAACUCUUUCAGAAACAGAGCUAAAACCUGACCAAUGUUCAGCCUUGGCCUACCUGUUACUGAUGUCAGAGGAGGUGCUGGAGGAGUUUGACCUGAAGACAUACAACACAUCAGAGGAAGGUUAUCAGAGGUUGCUGCCGGUAGUGAAAACCUGCAAGAGAGCACUACUGGAUGGCUGUAAACUCACAUAUAAAUCAUAUGAGACUCUGGCCUCAGCUCUGCAGACACCAAACUCCCCCCUGAGAGAACUGGACCUCAGCAACAAUGACCUGGGAGACAGAGGAGUGAAGCUGCUCUGUGUUGGACUAACCAGUCCACUCUGCAACAUACAGACACUAGUACUGGAUGGGUGUAAACUCACAUAUGAAUCCUUUGAGACUCUGGCCUCAGCUCUGCAGACACCAAACUCCCCCCUGAGAGAACUGGACCUCAGCAACAAUGACCUGGGAGACAGAGGAGUGGAGCUGCUCUGUGUUGGACUAACCAGUCCACUCCGCAACAUACAGACACUAGUUCUAGGUCAGUGUGGUCUGACAGAGGGUUGCUGUUCAGAUCUGGCCUCAGUCCUGAGUUCACCCAACUCACAACUGAAACAACUGGAGCUGAUAGACAAUGACCUGCAGGACUCAGGAGUUACACUGCUGUCUGCUGGACUGGAGGAUCCAGACUGUAAACUACACACACUGGGUCUAGGUCAGUGUGGUCUGACGGAGGGUUGCUGUUCAGAUCUGGCCUCAGUCCUGAGUUCACCCAACUCACAACUGAAACAACUGGAGCUGAGAGACAAUGACCUGCAGGACUCAGGAGUUACACUGCUGUCUGCUGGACUGGAGGAUCCAGACUGUAAACUACACACACUGGGGCUGUCUGGCUGUCUGGUCACAGAGGAGGGCUGUGCUGCUCUGUCUUCAGCUCUGAGGUCAAACCCCUCCCACCUGAAAGAGCUGGACCUGAGCUACAAUCACCCAGGAGACUCUGCAGGGGGACUGCUUUCAGCUGCUCUGGUGGAUCCCCCAUAUAAACUGAUGAAGCUGAAUGUGGAUCAUGGUGGAGAGUGCAGGCUGAAAUCAGGGCUGAGGAAAUAUGCCUGUCAUCUCACCCUGGACCCAAAUACAGUAAACCCAAACCUGAUACUGUCUGAGGGGAACAGUAAGGUGACACGGGUGGAAGAGAUGCAGCAUUAUGAAGACCAUCCAGACAGAUUUGACUGUAGCCCCCAUGUUCUCUGCAGAGAAGGCUUAUCUGGGUGUCCUUAUUACUGGGAGGUGGAGAUGGAUGAUGGCAUGAUUGACAUUGGUGUGGUGUACAAAGGAAUGAAGAGGAAGGGACGGGGGAGAGACAGUUUGAUUGGAGCCAAUAGGAAGUCCUGGUGUUUAGUGUGCUCUUAUAGUGGUUCCACAUUUUACCAUGAUGAAGUCUGGAGAUCCAUCUCUGGUCCUGUUCCUAACAGAGUUGGAGUGUAUCUGGACUGGCCAGCUGGUACUUUGUCCUUCUAUUGUGUGUCCUCCUCUGGUACACUGACACACCUUUACACAGAACACACCACGUUUACUGAACCCCUCUAUCCUGGGUUUGGGGUUUACUCCUCCUCAGUGACCUCAGUGACCCUGUGUCAGAUUGAUGACCAACACAUUCAAAGCAGAGACCAUGGUGGAGAGAGUUGUAUCAAGCCUGGACCUGAGACAUGGAUUCCUCAGAGCUGUAAGACUUGUGACCAUGUUGAGGACUCCACACACUGGCUUCAGAUUGAACCCUUGACUUCCACUGUCCAGGGAGUGACAAUGUUCAGACACAGGACACCCAAAGGGAGUUAUGAGUGCACAGUGUCUGGGCUCCGCUGGCUGUGUGAGAGAGAUGUCAUUCUGAAGUAUCACUUCAGGAACUGGGAACCCUACAGUCACCUUCUGAAAGACAUGCUGUACACACAAGGUGGUCCAUUGCUGGACAUCACUAUGGAGUUAGGUGAACUGGAGGAAGUUCAUCUGCCACACUGUGUCUGUUUAGGAACCAACCCUUCCCUGAGGAAUGAGAUGAAGAUUCUUCAUGUUGAGGAACAUGGAGUGUCUUUAGAGGAAGUGCAUGAGGUCACCAGAUUCCAUGCUAAGAUUCUCCAUCCCAAGUUCUCACUUAUCUCUGUUAUACUGAGAUUACUUUCUUUGAACGUAGAUGUCCACUGUGACGUGGUUCUCUAUAUGGCAGUAAAAAGGUCAACAGUCAUUUCAAGGCUGUACCUGCUCCUCAGAAACUCCAGUCAGAAAGAGGCUGUUCAGGAACGGGAGAAAAAUCAGGUGUCCAAAGGAUUUUCAGAAUUCGUCCUGUCAAGUCCAAACGGGUCCUUAAAGCUGAACAGUUGGUUUGCACUCAAGAAUCCCCACUCCACUUCCAUUAAUCCAGAGAAGAUUCAGCUGUUACCUGCAGACACCACACCAAGCUGUUGUAAGAUGAUUAUGAGAAACACAGGGGUUGACAUUGAGAUGGAGUUAAUCGGUGAUGAUGAGAGGACUGUAUGGAGAGAGAUGGUACCAAUAGAUGAAUUCAUCACUGAAACCCAUUCAACCAGUGUUGUGUUGUGGGCAGGAGGUCCGACUGAGAGCAGUCUGACUGGUUCUCCAGAGCAGCAGCUGCGUUCUGUAAGGACAGAGUUUGUGAAACGAGUAUCAGGACCUGUCCUGGAUGGUCUGCUGGAUGGACUCCUGCAACAAACAGUCAUCAACCAGGAGGAAAUGGAGUCAGUGAGGGUGAUAGCUGAGAGGGCAGAGAAGGCACGAGUCAUCAUCGACAUGGUGUUGAGAAAAGGAAAUGAGUCAAGUUCCAGGAUGAUCAACCUUCUUGGGGAGCUGGACCCCUGUCUUUGGUCACAGCCUCAGAUCAACAGUUGUAGUCAACCCCUGGGUGUGGGGAGACAAGGCAGAAUAGACAGGCAGGAUGGUUCAACAUGUUCUUGCUGUCUGUUGCUUUAAUUCAGGCUCCCAAAAAUGUACAGAAAAUGUCAAUCAAACAUGACCACUAUAAUAGCAAUAAACUUACAGAAGGACCAACCACACAGCCUCUCUCCUUCUGCAGCCUCCUGGAAGUGUGGAUCUUCUAGCAGGAGGGUCAGUCAGUCCUCCACUAGGUACCUAGCUGGACCCCUAUCUAGCAGGAGGGUCAGUCAGUCCUCCACUAGGUACCUAGCUGGACCCCUAUCUAGCAGGAGGGUCAGUCAGUCCUCCACUAGGUACCUAGCUGGACUACUAUCUAGCAGGAAGGUCAGUCAGUCCUACACACAUUCAACAUAAAUGUAUUUGAUGAAUAUAUUGUACAGUGUUGACCUGUUAGAGUUUCAUGAGAGAGGCUGAAUAUCAACACAACCACCUCAGUCUAUCAGCAGCUUUCCUGUUAGAGGUUCAUGAGAGAGACUGAAUAUCAACACAACCACCUCAGUCUAUCAGCAGUUUUCUCAGUGAGAGCCUCACGUCUGGAACACAUUGACCAUUGAAGAACAUAUAAGGAGCUGUGUAACCUGUCACUCCUUUACCAAUGACUUGAGAGUGGCUGAAGGACAUAUACGGAGCUGUGUAACCUGUCACUCCUUUACCAAUGACUUGAGAGUGGCUGAAGGACAUAUAAGGAGCUGUGUAACCUGUCACUCCUUUACCAAUAUCUUGAAAGUGGCUGAAGGACAAUCAGACCCCAUCUAUACACAAUGAUUUACUAAAUGUUUUUUAAUGUUGUAUUUUUUAUGUUUAUCUACCUGCCCAGGGACUACAGUUGAAAACUAACUAGCUGGCUAAAUCUGGCACAUUUAAAGAAAUGUCGAUUGAUGUGCAGUAUCCCAGUCAAAUACAUGUAAUACAUUCUGUGUGUGUAUAUCUAUGUAUGUUAGUAGGUCUCUGAUUACUGUUAGUUCAAUGUAACAUCAUAUACUAUACAUUAUAAUCAGUCUGUUUUGGGUUCUGCAGAAUCAUUGUAUAUCAUUGGUUACCCAUCCUAUCAUGUUACCACACAGAUGUGACUGUCUAGCUCAGCAGUUCCCAACCUUUUCCAUUCUGGAGACCAUCAAAUCACUGUUAAAAGCUCUUGAGGACCACCAUUCACGGAGUCGCUGAUAUUUUUCCACAUCAAAUAUAUUGCCGUUCAAAUUCUGUCAAUACAUGUGAAUGUAACAAGGCCUGUAAUGGUCUAUUAUUAUCAAACUAUUUGCAUUAUGAAAAGGAAUGUAAAAUUGCUUAUAAUACCAUUAAUACUCCUAACUGUUAUUAUUUUUGAAUAAUAAAAUACUACAAUCUAAAAAUAAUUGUGGACCAGCUGCACCACCCCCAGGGACCACAGGUUGUGAACCACUUGUCUAGAGUCCUUCUGCCAAACCUGGUUGUUGUGUCACACUGCCCCCUCCUGGUUACACUGCAAAACAUCACCUAAUUAAAACAAAGGAAAUAAAAAAAUAACAGCACUUUUACUAGUUAGAAUGUUAACUUAUAGGCUGAAUACUGGUAUUAAGUGUUUGAAGACUUUACAUGACAUAAAUAUCAACAAAUAAACCUGUAGGUGUUGAA